GGGUGGCAUUUCUCCAUAAGGGGAGGUGGGUUGGUCACCUGAUAAGAGUACAGCCAGCUGGGUAAACAUGGCGUCUGUGUCUGGAUGUGAUAAUUACAUGUAGCGCUUCUGUCUUUCAGUGCUGUUUGUGUUUCGCCAACGGGCCGCGUUGUAUCCCAGAACAGUAGCGUGCUGAACACGAGGACGCGACGCAUGAAGACGUGAAGGGCAGAAGGAGAGAGGCGCUUCUCUGAUGCUGCUUUAUAUUUUCUUCUCUCUGCACAACAUGAAUGGUCUGAUGCCUGCCCGGAUCAUCUGAUUGGCGCAAGAUAAUUGCUUUUGUUAACAAGACACACUGAUUUGUAUUUCUGUCGAGGCGUCUGCUUUCAUUUGAUCUGACCCAAAUCGAGCCUCUUGCUCCGUGGACUCCUGCAGCGCAGCAGAAUGGUCAGUCCGUCUGCACUUUAUGUGGCUGCCCUCCACCGCUGUGCCCUGACAGCUGCUCUAUGACUGUUCAUUGUGCUGCACUGUGCGUUGUGUUUCUCAUGUCUUGCUCCACAAUAUCACUAUGAUAGGCUCACCUGACGUGGUGGCUUUCACUAAAGAGGAUGAGUAUGGGCAGACCCCUCCAGACCCCUGGGCUCUCCCUGACGAGUUCUCUAUUCCUCUCCAUCCACUGGCUGACUCCAACCCCUGGGCUAAAACCUCCUAUGCCAAGUUCACCAAAGACUUCAUCCUCAUCUCUGAGUUCUCUGAGCAGGUGGGCCCUCAGCCCCUCCUCACCAUCCCCGAUGACCCCAAAGUCUGCGGCACCUUCGAUCUCAACUACUUCUCCCUGCGCAUCAUGUCAGUGGACUACCAGGCCUCUUUUGUGGGGCAUCCACCCGGCAGUGGCUACCCAAGGCUCAGCUUUGUGGAGGACUCGAGGGUGGUGCUGGGCGACUCAAAGGAGGGGGCGUUUGCCUAUGUCCAUCACCUUACGCUUUACGACCUGGAGGCGAGGGGCUUUGUGCGACCGUUCUGUAUGGCGUACGUCUCAGCAGAUGAGAGGAAAAUCAUGCUGCAGUUUCAGGAGCUGUCCCUCCGCUUCUCCCAGGCCUCGGAGAGUCUGAAGGCUGGGAACAGGAGAGCGUUUGCCAAGGAACUCCAGAGGAAGCUCCGAGACCUGGAGUACACCCACUCUGUGCUGCAGAGGGAGGAGGGCCUGCAGAGGGAGGCGGGGCCUCAGUGCAUGUACUCCGCUCAUGCCGUGGAGAAGGCCAACGAGCUCGCCAACGUGGAAAAGAGCAUCUAUGAACACCGAGACCUGCUGAGACAGAUCAGCUCCUACCAUCGCCGUCCGCGCCGAGAUCCUCACGUUGUCAGCUGCCAGAAGUGCAUCAACGAGUGCUUGAGUGAGUGCGAGCAGCUGUUAGACAAAUAUGCCAAGCUCGCCAAGCCCUUCAGUUACACCGCCAAAGGGGACACGGGGCAGAAGGGUCGGGCUGAUGGUGACGGCGGCGAGAAAGAAGGGGACGAGGAGGACGACGAGGGCGUUAAACGCAGGUCGUCCUACACGCCGCAGCUGAUCAAAGGUAAAUCUGCAAAGUGUUUCGACAAGCGCCUGAAGACCCUGCAAGAGCUGUGCGACGUUACUUUCUACGAGGCCACCGUGGAGCUCCUGAAGAAGACGGAGAGGAGUUUCCGGGGGGACCUGUGUUACCUGUACACGCGCCGCCUGGACAGGGCGUUGCGCAGGAAACUGAAAAUAACCAACUUCCUGUUUGAGGAGGACCUCGGUGAUGAUGAGGAUGAGGAUGAAGGGGGAACUCUAAGACCAUUCUGUGCUGUGAACCAUGCUGUAGAUAACUGUACUCUCUUAAAGCCACUUCCUAUUGUGCUAGGACCAGAACCUCCAGAGCUCGAUGCUCUGGAGCCUCCAGGUCCUCUAGACUCAGCAUCUGGGACCAGCCAUACUCAAGGGAGCGAGCUCGGGCUUGUGGAGAGCCAUCUGGAGUCCUCCCCGUCAGACCAGACUCUGGAGACCCAGGAGAGCUCCGAGGAGACCAAAGGAAGCUUUAGCAGCGAUAAGAGCGAGAUGGGUCUUGCAGAGAGGCAACAGAAUCUGGAAAGUAGAAAGUCAGAAGCUCCUGAUCCAGAUUCUGACUUGACCCCUGACCCCGAUCAUAACCCUGACUUGGAGAGGGAGAGCAGCAGUGAAGAGAUGGAGACCACCGCCGGGGAUGACGAAGGAGACGACACGCCUGUGUCCUUGCUGGAGGUGGCGUCGGAGCUGGAGGCCAGCAGGGAGGACGAGUGUGAGGGAUUAACUGACGCUCCUUGUGACAUAGAGCCCGAGUUGUUGGUUCCUCUGGACACCGCGUGCUGCAUGGCCCAAGAGGGUUUCCUUUAUGAGGCUUCUGCCCCAGAGGCGGUGCAGCCCUGUCAAGCACUGGUGGUCAACGAGGAGCCCCACGCUCUAAUUCCGCUCCAGGACGACUACACGGUGGGCUCUCCUGCAGCCGGGCUGGAGCUGCCUGUGGGGCACCUCGGAGACGCAGUUUCUCGUACCUCGGCGGAGGACGGGUCAGACUGUACCAUGAGCGCUUCUACGGGGUCUGAUCUCGGCUACGGGGGGGUUGUGACUCUGCGUCAGAGGAAGAAGGCUGGACAAGGAGCCUUGAGGUUUGUGCGACAGUACCCCUUCGCCAUGCAAGCUCUGUGGUGUCUGCUGAGCGGCAGAACCCUGGUGGUGCUCGGGGCAGAUGAGGGGAGAGUCCGCCGACUCGUUGCUGCGCUGGCCCUCUUUGUGCCGGCUCCUGGGAAGUGUGGAGACAGGGUCCAAGCCUGGCUGUCCUGCCCCUUCACCCUUACUGACCUGCAGAGGUGGAAACUUAUUGGACUGCAAAGAGUUGCGUCCCCUGUGGGUUCCAGCAUGCUUUACUCGCUGUCCCGCUACAGUCGCUACAUCUCCAUCCUGGACGCCGACCAGAAGACCUUGCGCUGUCCGCCGUAUCGUGGCCAACUCCUUGCCAACAUAGCCGACCACCGCACCUCCAUCCGCCGCGGUUCCACCUACUUCCUCCACCUCCAGAGCACGCUCUGUCAACUGGCAGCCGAGGCCUUCCUGUUCACCUUCACCCACCACCUCCACCUGCCGGUCAGCUCCACGGAGGGGCCCGAGGUGGUGCAGGGCAGACGCCUCUGCUUCCUGCAGGAGCAGCUGGGUCUGGGAGAGGAGGACAGCCAGAUACUGCUCUACCUCAGCCAGCUCAUCACUCAGCAGUACCUGCAGCCCGCCACCGGGAGCAGCGCAGCAGCAGCAACUUGUUUCAGUUUUAACUACACCACCAGCGUUUUAUACAAAAUCUGAUAUUACACGGGGGAGGAUGAUUUCCGCACACACGUUUUAGCAGAAAUCAUCUGUGACCCUUUGGUUUUUAUUGGACCAAAGGUGAUCUUCAUAAGGUCUAAGGUAAUUUUAGUUUCAGGACAAACUCUGCACUGGUUAUUGUUUGAUCUGUGUAAUCUCUUUCUGCCUUGCUGUCUUUUUUUUUUUCCCUCCAGUCUUUCUCUUUCCUCUGUGUGCAGGAAAAAGGAGACGGAGUGAGUUGUGAAUGUCAGUGAGUGGUUCAGUUUGCCUACAUGUGGUCCAGAGCGCAUUCACGAACGUACACGCGCAUAACCGAGCAGACGAAGGUCGGUUCCACUUAUUGUCACUUGUGUCUUUUUCACCCUAAUGGAAAGAAAUGUAACCUGCGCUCUGGCCUGUUUUUAAAGUUAGUCCCUCUCCUCAACACACACACACACACACACACACACACACACACACACACACACACACACACACACACACACACACACACACACACACUGUGUUAGAAAACUCAAUCCAACAUGGCUGUGUGUCUUAAGUGCUGGUCUGAGCUGACAAGUUCAAUCACAGCUCUGUGUUGUUAAUACCCACCAAUCACUAAGCAGUUUUUCAGCUAUGAUAUCAUCUCAGCUAAAUAUAAACAUGUUUUUUUUUUUUUCUUCAACCGUCUCACAUAUGCUGCCAUUUCCUUCUUGUGGAGAACCGAAGUCUCUACGGAUCUGCCUGUGAAACCUUAUUAGCACCCACAGGCUUGUUACAGCUGGUUUUGUGACAUGCUAUUGUUUUUGAAAACUACCACAUAAGCCCAAACCCUUUU